AUGGUAAGAAAAGUAGAGCUCGUUGUUGUAGAGUUUUAACAAAUACUGUUAUAUUAUGUAAUGUUAGAAAUGUUUCAGGGCUAUUGAUGAUUUUUAAGUAAAAGUAUCUAAUUAUUUUGAUGUUGUUGCGUUCAAGGCCUCAACAUGUUAGCCACCCAUAUGGCUAACAUGAGCCAGAAUAACGUUUUUAAAGUAACUUAAGUCUACUUUACCGCAGAUUUAACUGAUAGGCUAUGUGGUGGUCUUGGCUGAGCACUACGACUUUAGUUUUAUCUGCUGACCAGCGGACGAUGACUUGCAAGAACAACAUUUUUGGGUCAGAGUUAGCAUCGACACUUAGCAUAGGUUAGCUCCACGAUACUUUACGCACGGGCCCGAUUUAACACGUGGGUUCGCCGUAACGACGGCACAGCAGCACGUCAAAGUAAGAGCCAAAAGCUGAAAUAGCAGUCAACUUUAAGUAGUACUGUUUUGUAACGACAUGUAAUUAUAAGAGGGAGUUUUAGAGGUAAUCAGAGCUACACAUCAAUAAGACACGUGGUUACGUAGAUCCGGGAAUAGCACGUGGAGGCUCGUAAACACCUCUGACACCUAUAUGUAAAGGUUGUAAAUAUUAAUAUUGGAUAUAUCAAAGGAUAUGGUGUUAUGGUAAUAUAAUCCUUAAACCAGUACCUUUUCUCCUCUGUAGGUGUUGUUACACGUGCUGUACGAGCAUGCGGCUGGCUACGCGCUAUUCGCCGUCAAAGAGGUGGAGGAGAUCGGCAUGCUGCUGCCUCAGGUGUGUCUUCAGCGCUCCUCUCCAUUCUAUCUUAAUAAAUUACAUUACAUAAAUAUAAUGCUAUAAUGAUCACGAUCUGACUGGUCUCACCGUCAUGUGUUUUUAGGUGGAGCAGAGCGUGCUCAACAUCUCCAAGUUUAACAGCAUGGUGAGUCUGGCUGCUUUCUUCCCCUUCAAGUCAGCCCAGGCAGCGCUGGAGAACAUGAAUGCCAUAUCUGAGGGUAAGCAUUUCCUUCUUUUUAAAAAAGAAAACAUUUUUCUUGUUUCCCCUCUUUCCUCGGUUGUAAUGAUGUUUUUAUAAUCUGUCAAUCCACUGAGUAACUGUGCUGACAGCAAAUACCAUUCCUGAACACCUGAGGAAAGCUUUUAUUAAAUUAAUAAAAGUCAAACAGUUGUCUAAUUAUUUCAAUGCAAUAUCGUUGCUUGUAUGUCUGAAAAAAAAUCCAGAUUUUGUCAAAGUACUUUAUAAAUGAUAAAUUUAAAAUAGGGCUGGGUGAUAAAACAAAAAUGAUAUAUAUUGAAAAUCAAUUCCCUUGAGUAUCAAUAUAAAACAUGGUCAAUAUGCUUUCCAAUAGUCUACAUUCUGCCAUGUUUUGGUGAACUAUAUGAACAGCAAAUGAAAAGGGGAGUUGCUCCGGGUCCACUUUGUGCGGAGCCAAUCAUGUGCUGAAUUAGAACCAAGUAGUAACAGGCUGCAGCUACACGCAACCGUAGCACUUUAACAUGUGAAGCCGACAGCACUGUUGGUAAGAAUAAAAGAAAAUGAGUGCUGCCCCCGACAGAAAUGUAGAUUAAGACUCAACACAUGAUGACAUCAUCAACAUCAACAGCACUGGCACUAAAACAAUGGUGGUGUGGACGUAUUUCGGUUCGAGGUUGGACAUGAAGCAGAGUAAUGUGCACUACUAAUUAUGUCGAGUACAUGUUCUCACGAAGUGUGGGAAUACCUCAAAUCUUUUUCACCACCUGAAGCAGAGCACAUGCAAUGCAAAAGGUUACAAACCCCAUGUGGAGCAAGGAGCCCACUGCGCCUGUGCAGCUGAAACAGCAGCCAUUCGGUUUGCUUUCUACAGCGCAACGCCUUAAGACAAAACGUCAUGGAAACACUAAGACCUCACAGAUGCAGUAGCUUAUUGUACUGCAAAAGACAUGUUAACAAUAAGCACUGUUAAAUUUCAUUUUUUAUAUUGUGAUAUAUAUCGACUGAGAUGUAAAUAACAUAUCUAUAAACCUUUUCCCAUAUCGCCUAGCCCUAAUUUGAAAGUAUAUGAUUCAUCGUUCUCAUAACUUUGCUUGAAAAUCGAGCUUUUGUUUCAGUGAAGUGUAUUUUAUUGCUUUUGUAAUUCAGGUGUGGUUCAUGCUGACCUGAAGCUGUUCCUUGAGACAAAUCUGCCCCUCUCGGGGAAGAAGAAAGCCGUGUUGGGGGUUUUGGAUGCCAAGAUUGGAGCGGCAUUACAAGAAGAAUUUAACAUUUCCAUCCAGACCGGCGGCGUGGUGGCAGAAAUUGGCAGAGGUGAGGGGACUUUGUCUACAAUUUGAUAAAUAUUUUUGGGAAAGCUUUUUGAAACCAAGAGCAGGAAAACAACCUCGUUCUUUUAUUGGAACUCCAGAACUUCUAAGUGAGAAUUAUGAGCUUAUGGAUAUGUUGUGGCCUGUUAUGAUGCAACCAUGUGAUCCUGAGAUUAAUGAGGGGUAAUACUGAAAAUCUGAACAGCCACCAGCCUCUUGUUGUUUUCCUUUUGCUGAAUUGUGUGAAUCAAACCAAACCCUUUUUGUCUGUUAUCUCCCGUUUUAGGUGUUCGUCUGCACUUUCACUCGCUGGUGAAGGGUCUGACGGCUCAGGCUGCCUCCAAAGCUCAGUUGGGUCUCGGUCACAGCUACUCUAGAGCCAAAGUGAAGUUUAAUGUGAACAGAGUUGACAACAUGAUUAUCCAGUCCAUCGCUCUGUUGGAUCAGCUGGACAAAGACAUCAACACAUUCUCCAUGCGUGUUCGGUAAGCUCCCUUUCUCGCACUGCUUGGACAAAAUAUAUCUGUCAAAAGGAGAUCAUCCGUUGGGUAAGAUCGACUCUGCAGUUGUUUUGGUUGUGUGCUUUUUGGAUUUGGCGAUCUAGUCUGGUGCUUCAUGAGGGUGGUGUAGGAGGCCCUGUUUUGUGCAGGUACCACAGUAACACAAACUCACCGGAUGGUUCUCGGCAGACUUGUGUUUGGAGAUGUGACUCAUGGCAUGUGAAUUUGUUGGUAUUGGGUGUCUCAAAACUAACUUUAUCUAGCUCCAAUAAAUUUAAUAACACAUUAACAAAGCAAGUGUGUAACUUGUUUGGGAUUGGCUUUUAAAAAAACGACAUUAACAAAGCAAGUGUCUAACUUGUUUGGGAUUGGCUUUUAGAAAACGAAGUUGUUGUGAGGAAUCCAUGGUUUGAAUAUCCUCCUAAUGCUUACCGCAGACAGUACACCUUAAGUGCUGGCUGUAUAGAAACAGGAGGGACAUCAAACUCUCCUUGCACAGCCGCCCCACCAGCUGUAAACUGGCGGUGCAAACCUGUAGGGUGAGACAUCCAUUGCCAUUGAGUCACAUCUGCGGUCACUCUCCAAAUGGGCUGUUUUUGUAAUACUGUAGUUGUGGGUGUUUUUAAGGUUGUGACUCACUUUUCACUAUCCUUGUUUUUGUCUGCAGUGAAUGGUACGGCUAUCAUUUCCCAGAGCUGAUCAAGAUUGUGUCAGACAACUCCAUGUACUGCAGACUAGCUCGUCUCAUCGGAAACAGGAAAGAGUUGUCAGAGGAGAAUCUGGAGAGCCUGGAGGAGGUGGUGAUGGACAGCGCCAAGGCUCAGGCCAUCCUGGAUGCUUCACGGUCCUCUAUGGGUAAGCAAUAGAUACAUUUAAGUUAAUCACAGAAGUGAUGACUCUCUGCUUGUCCUACCAUCCUGCUAUUACUUUUUUCUAUACCCCGCCCCUUUUUUGCCCACCCUGGACCAACAAAUGUCCUUGGUGUCUAACACAGGGGGGCAGAAAAGCUCUCUCAUAAACCUGUAGUGAAGGCACAAAUCCUCGCUGCGGAUCCUGUCGGGAGAAACAAACGCAUUUCAUUUUUAACCUACUCGUGUAAACUCUUAAAGUGUGCUCUGAUUAGACUAUGAAAGUAGUAUCUUUGCUAAAAACAUUGUGAUGUUUGUCUCCUUCAGGGAUGGACAUUUCCCCCAUUGAUCUGAUCAACAUAGAGAGGUUCUCUGACCGUGUGGUCUCUCUGGCCGCAUAUCGUCUGGAGCUGCAAGAAUACCUAAGAUCCAAGAUGGGCCAAGUGGCUCCAAACCUCGCAGCGUUGAUAGGAGAAGUGGUAAGAAAAGAUACCUUCUUAAUUUGCUGCAUGUGUCUUCAUUAAGUAGGACCGAUGAUGUUAUACCAAAAUCUGUCAAUCCACUGAAUACUGUGAUGACAAAACCAUCCGGUGCUGAUGGUCCUCACUCAAACUCAGAUUGGGACCCUCCUUUGAAACUGUCAAAAUACGGCGAUACCGACAUUCUGUCUUUUUUCCCUAGGUGGGAGCUCGUCUGAUCUCCCAUGCCGGCAGUCUUACCAACCUGGCCAAGUACCCGGCCUCCACUGUUCAGAUCCUGGGAGCAGAGAAGGCCCUGUUCAGGUACUGGGGCACCCCCUCCCUGCUGGGGAAAGGAGUGGUUGCAGUGAUGGCAGGGCUGGGCUGGAGCAGAGCAGGGUGACUGGAGGAGACGUCAAUAUAAAAGUCUUCUCUGGAGUGAUCCCUCUCGCCUUCAUGCACCCCCACAGUCUGAGCAGCCACUCGCGGCAUUGAGGUAGAAAAGUUCACCACAUAGAAGAGAACUUGUUUUAUUUUCAGACUCAGUUUUGAGGAAACUGGAAACUUAGCAGUCAUUUAAUAUCAGUUUGGAUUUUCCAGGAAAUAUACAAAAACUUCUUGUUUUUCUGUAGAGCCCUAAAAACUCGUGGCAACACCCCCAAGUAUGGACUCAUCUUCCACUCAACUUUCAUUGGAAGAGCUGCAGCCAAGAACAAGGGUCGCAUCUCCAGAUAUCUGGCAAACAAGUGCACCAUUGCUUCAAGGAUUGACUGUUUUUCUGGUGAGUCAGAAAACGUGUGAGGAGAAACCUGCUGGCUCAGUUUCCGUGGCGUGAUUGCUAUGAUGCUCAUAUUUUUCGUCAACAGCAUUCAUCCCUUGGGUUGAUGUUGAUAAAAGUCAUUCCUGAGCACAGCCGCACGUCUGUUUACUUGAAAGCUGACUGUCAGUUUGUGCAGGUUUCUAAAAUUUUCUUUUUCCUCAGAGGUGCCCACGAGCGUGUUUGGCGACAAGCUGCGUGAGCAAGUGGAGGAGCGUUUGUCUUUCUACGAGACGGGCGAGGUGCCGAGGAAGAACGUGGAUGUCAUGAAAGAUGCCGUUAAAGAGGUAAGCUCAGGGAUUUAACAACCACCAUUCAUGCUGUGAGUGAUGACCCACUUUUUCCUGACCUUCCUGAGGGCAAAAACUGAUUUAAUGAGCCUGACACAGCGCUGGAACAAAUUAGUGGUGUAAAUGAUUGUCUGGUUGUUUGUAUAAACACGUUUCUCCUCCUGUAGGCGACUGAUGUUGCAGCUGAGAUCAAGAGGAAAAUGGAAAAGAAGGAGAAGAAACGCAAAAAGAAGGAGAAGAAAAUGCAGGAGCUUGAAGCUAACGGUGAAACCAACGGUGAAGCUGAGGUACGUCUCCAUCUGAGCGUCUUUGCGCUGCAUGUUUUGAUUUGAGAUCUGACCCACAAAUGUGGUCCUGUCUCAGUGUACGACAUGCCACAUCAACUUGACUCCGAACCAUUGGCUGGUUCAAGACAAUGGACCUGAUCACUGAAGCGAGUCAGACACUUGAAGGACAAACUGUGUAAAUGCCUUAAACAACAGCUUAGUGCUGAUCUAAAAAAAAAAACUGACCUUAUACUGACUCAACUUUGUAUUGUUCCAGGUGGAGAAUGGAGAUGCAGAAACUCCUGUGGUCAAGAAGAAAAAGAAGAAGCAGGCAGCAGAGGAGGUAGAGGCCCAGGCAGAGGAGACCCCCUCUGCAGAGAUCAGCACAGAAGACACCCCAGCCAAGAAGAAAAAGAAGAGAAAAGCAGAGGAGGCAGCAGAGGAAGCUGCAGCCACAGAUAACGGAGUAGAAGAAACAGAAACUCCAUCUAAAAAGAAAAAGAAACAAAAGACUGAAGCUGUAGAGCCAGAGGAGAUCCCAGACGCUCCCGUGUCUGAGAAGAAAAAGAAAAAGAAGAAAAAAGAGGCUGCUGAGUGAGACGGUCAAAGACUGACGCUUUAUUUUUCUGUACAGUUCAUUUUUAUUCAUUUUACUCCGAAUCUUAAAUUACGCCACUUCAGCAGCUUAUAGUUUUUCUGUUCCCGUUAAGUUUGGUAACCUCGAAGUAGGUGAGCCGGCAAAGAAAUGCUUCUAACUGUGCCUUGUAGUCAAUGACAUUUACUCGUACUGUAAAUAUAAUUUCACAUUUUGUUAAAUAAAAUCGUGUCCUCUGCCAUGUGUCUGGGUAAAUUUCUCUCUCUGAUCUGUCAUCUUGUGUAAAAAUCUGAAUGUACAGAUUAAAAGCCAUGGAAGUAAUGUGAAAUGAGUGGUUAGAUCACGGUCAGUCCCUCCAGUUAUGACUUAAGGAAACCUCAAGAGAGAAGUUUGAAUGAUUGUAGAAUUUGAUUGAGAUGGGAGUUACAGCAGUUCUCUCUCUCUCUGUGUAUAUAUGUAUUGUGUGUAUUGUGUGUGUGUGUAUAUAUAUACACUCACCGGCCACUUUAUUAGGUACACCUGUCCAACUGCUCGUUAACACUUAAUUUCUAAUCAGCCAAUCACACGGCGGCAACUUAGUGCAUUUAGGCAUGUAGACAUGGUCAAGACAAUCUCCUGCAGUUCAAACCGAGCAUCAGUAUGGGGAAGAAAGGUGAUUUGAGUGACUUUGAACGUGGCAUGGUUGUUGGUGCCAGAAGGGCUGGUCUGAGUAUUUCAGAAACUGCUGAUCUACUGGGAUUUUCACGCACAACCAUCUCUAGGGUUUACAGAGAAUGGUCCGAAAAAGAAAAAAUAUCCAGUGAGUGGCAGUUCUGUGGGCGGAAAUGCCUUGUUGAUGCCAGAGGUCAGAGGAGAAUGGCCAGACUGGUUCGAGCUGAUAGAAAGGCAACAGUGACUCAAAUAACCACCCGUUACAACCAAGGUAGGCAGAAGAGCAUCUCUGAACGCACAGUAUGUCGAACUUUGAGGCAGAUGGGCUACAGCAGCAGAAGACCACACUGGGUGCCACUCCUUUCAGCUAAGAACAGGAAACUGAGGCUACAAUUUGCACAAGCUCAUCGAAAUUGGACAAUAGAAGAUUGGAAAAACGUUGCCUGGUCUGAUGAGUCUCGAUUUCUGCUGCGACAUUCGGAUGGUCGGGUCAGAAUUUGGCGUCAACAACAUGAAAGCAUGGAUCCAUCCUGCCUUGUAUCAACGGUUCAGGCUGGUGGUGGUGGUGUCAUGGUUUGGGGAAUAUUUUCUUGGCACUCUUUGGGCCCCUUGGUACCAAUUGAGCAUCGUUGCAACGCCACAGCCUACCUGAGUAUUGUUGCUGACCAUGUCCAUCCCUUUAUGACCACAAUGUAGCCAACUUCUGAUGGCUACUUUCAGCAGGAUAAUGCGCCAUAUCAUAAAGCUGGAAUCAUCUCAGACUGGUUUCUUGAACAUGACAAUGAGUUCACUGUACUCAAAUGGCCUCCACAGUCACCAGAUCUCAAUCCAAUAGAGCAUCUUUGGGAUGUGGUGGAACGGGAGAUUCGCAUCAUGGAUGUGCAGCCGACAAAUCUGCGGCAACUGUGUGAUGCCAUCAUGUCAAUAUGGACCAAGCUCUCUGAGGAAUGCUUCCAGCACCUUGUUGAAUCUAUGCCACGAAGAAUUGAGGCAGUUCUGAAGGCAAAAGGGGGUCCAACCCGUUACUAGCAUGGUGUACCUAAUAAAGUGGCCGGUGAGUGUAUAUGUAUAAUAUAGUCUAAAUUUGGUAUAACAGAGGUAUAGAAAUGAAAGUUUCUUCAACGUCGACAUUUAUACAUUGUUUAAACGUUUUGAUGUAUACGUUUAAACGUGUUUGUUCAUAAAUUGUUCCGUCUACAACGUUGAAAUGACGUCCAAUAGACGUUUUCAUUUAAACGUCUUUAUGUUAGACGUUCAUGCUUCAACCAAAUUUAAACCCAGGUAUAGACAUAGACGUUGAUUAAACGUUUAUUAAACAUCUGGUCUAAAUCCGCCGACCCAAUGGGGACCGGGCGAGCCUCCCCGCGCGCGGACUUCAUAUCAACAAUGCAUAUUACCAUAAGCAUCUGAUAUGUGUAAAUUGAUGAAAGUAUUCACAGGAAACACCAUCUGUGGAGCCAGAUUCUCUACACCAGAAGUUACCUGCUGCUAACCUUGAUACAUGUACCCCCAGGAUGUUCUAUUUUGGCAAUCUUGCUUCUCUUUCUGGACCUUUUAGAAUAUUUAGCUUCUACAGUCAUGCUCAUUCAUAAUUUAACACUGAUCUACAUUUGGCAACCAUCAGUCCACUGUAAUUGAAAUCACAGUACAUUUUUUACUCAGAAUAUAACCAUUACAGUCAUGGAGUGGGAAAAACAAUUUUUUAAUUUCACAUCUAGUAAAACGAACAUUUAAAAAAAGAAAAAAAUCUAUUUAUCUAUAUAAAAGCAUAGCUACAAAGUAUAAAGAACAAGAACAACAACAUAAAGAAAAUUUAAUUAAUACUAAUACCACAGUGCAUAAACAGAACACAAAAGUACUGAAAUGAACCAUAAAUAUUAACAAUUUUAAGAUAUAUAUAUAUUUUUUAAAUUAGCAGGGUGGUGCUCUGGUGGUGCCCCUCCCACCAUGUCGAGCUGGUGCCUUUUUCAAAUGGUCCCCAAUCGAUGAUGCGACCAGUUCCUCUGUUGCUGUCGGGAAGUUAGUGCGAACAGACUCUGCGAAAAGAAAAAAAACCAAAAGAAACUUGAAUCAUAGUAAGUGUAGAAGUUAUCUAGUAAUGUCCGGAAGGAUUCUUCACUUUUUUACAGCUUCAGGCUUUAAAUGAGUCAGUAACAUGACCAAGAAUAAGUAAUAACUUGCAGAGAUAUAAUUCAUUUACCAAGAACAACUGUGAAGAAAGCAGUUUUCUUUAAGCUUUUUUUCCCCUGGCAUCCUCCACCCAGGAGGUUGUACUUCCUCUGCACGUCAUUGUGUAAAAUUCUGAAAUGGAUAUAAAAGACAAAUAAAUCUCUUAAGGUGCGUUCACACCGGACAGGCAACGCAACUUGUCCUGUCUUGUGUCCUAAAACGUGUCACUUUGCCACCGUCAAUUCGCGUUGCGCAUUACGUCACACCCGCUCUAGGUUUCCCCUCGAUCUUGUCGGAUACAAGCGCUGCUCUUUAUUUGCAGAACAAUUCCCUAAAACCUCAGAGAAACCCUCGCUGCCGUUGCGCAAGUGCCUGUGUGAACUAAGGGUGUGGAAAAUAAUCUAAAUUAAUCGAUGCAUCGAUGCGCAUGUGCGCGAUGCAACUGCGUCGGCUCAUUCACUGGGUAUCAAUGCAAUUGACGGGUUAAAUCUAGAUUCAUCUAGAUGCGUUGGUGGGUAUCGGUAAAAUCCGAUGCAAGCGCCGUUUUAUUCAUGUUAAACUUCACCCAAUAUGCUGUUUCCCAGGCGCAUUGAAUGCACCAUCAUUUUUUCACGUUUUGUAUUGAAUACGGACGGAAGCCGUGAGGGACAUACGAUGCACUACUACUAAAACAGCAUGGACCACAUUCAAGUGAGCAGCAGCGAGGAAGAGUUUAUAUGUAAUGCACCCGCUACGUUUAAAUCAUAUGUUUGGAAACACUACGGAUUUGCAAAGAAAGACGGAAAGCUCGACAAAACGUCCGUCAUUUGCAAAGAAUGCCGCGUUAAGAAGCCGUACAACGGCGGCACGACAAACAUGCAGACCCACUUAAAAAGAGAACACCACAUCACCGACAAGUCUAACGCCACCUCCCCUCCCUUAACAUUGAUUGCACUGUUGAAAGUGUCACUUUAGGUUACUCACUGAGAGUGUUUUGUUGUUGCUGUUUACUGUACUUUUUACAGCAGUAAUUAUUGUGUAAUUGUUUUACUCUUUUAUUAUUGCAGAACUCACUCAAAUCACUGAUUUUCAGUGGCCAGUUAGAAAGUCAACUCUAGCACAUCGGUUUGGCAGACAGUAGUAUGGCCAUUGAAUGGUUUAUUUGCACCAUGUUAGGCAGUGCAUUAGUUGUUUAAUAAUGUGUACUGUAAUAUUACCCAACAAGUAUAGAGCACUUGUGUGAUGUAGGGUUGGGAUUGGAAUCCUUUUUUUUUUUUUUUUUGGAUUUUAUUGAUUCAGAUUCCUUAACAGUUGCAGGAGGUCUGUCUAAUCUGUGUAACUGUACAAAAUGAAGGAGCAUAGAAAAAAGACAAAAAGCACUUUUGUUGAAUUAACUGCCAAGUGCCUUUAAGGAAUAAAGCCAAAUCAUUUUUGUAGUACCAUACUGAAUUCCAUCUUUUAUUUUUAUUUCUUUUUUUUCUUUGCUUAUUUGCAUCAUGUUGAAUUGCAUCAUAUCGCAACAAAUUGCAUCAUAUCGUAUCGGAUCGCAUUGAUUUGAACUAAAUGAUUAUUGUAUCGUAUCGCAUCGUGAAGAGGGUGAAUCGUAUCGCAUCGUAUCGCCAGAAAAUUCCAGGUAUCGUUAAAGUAUCGUAUCGCUGGCAGUGCAUCGAGAUGCGUAUCGAAUCGACCUCAGUGCUGAGAUUCACAUCCCUAGUGUGAACGCACCUUAAUACUGCUUACUCUUGCAAUUCACUAGAAAGACUUGAUAAACACCAACAAUACAUGAUUAUAUUAAUAACAUUGUCUUGCUGUCAUAUUCAUACCUGUCCAGGAUCCUGCGUGUGCAGGUCUUAAUGUCCUUCCCCCCAAGGUGUGACAGUUGUUUUAUCUGUAUGAUACAAUCAAAUUAUCAAGAGUGUCUAAUGUAUAGAUUUCUAUCAUUUUUAGUAUCUCUAUUUGACUUACCAGUAAACGUUUUAUGCUGGGGUGCCUACUGAUUUCCAACGACAUGCGCUGAGCCUCCGCCAAAGUCCUUAACGGCAACUGACGUAUCCGCUCACCCUCAUCUUCAAUGUCCCCCUGCUGGUUGAGCGAUUUCAAUUCAUCGCGGAUUUCCCAAAGUGUUUCCACGACCACUCGCUGGAACUCUUAGUGAAAAGAUUUGAUUUAGUAACAUUCAAUUCAAUAAUUACAAUACAUUACAUAACAUUUUGUACUGUAGUUAUGCCACUCUUACUUUUCUCAGGCAUUGGGUAGGAAUAAACCCUCUUCCUCGCUGCAAAAUCCGAGAACGAGACAAUAAAUGGAUGAUGAGUGUGGUGCUUAACUUUGGCUGUUAAACACAAAAUCAUAUGCACUAUUUUAAAAUAGCCCCCACCCUACUUAAAAACCACUGCUAAACCUGAUAAAUCCUUACCUUGAAUCCAAUUCAAAAAUUCAUCCAUGAAAUCACCCUCCCUAGCUCUUUUUCUCCGCCACUCUUUCAAAUAAUUAGAGGCCAUAUUCACAUGAAAACACAUGGAAAAAAGAAAGUAGAAAAACAAUAAUGUUAAUAACAGUGUGAGCUUGUAGAUCAACCUUUAUAAAAUUGUUUUGUUUUUUUAGUACAAUUGGCAACUUGUGAAGCAGGACAUAAUGCAUAAUGAAUACCGUCUGCUCUUGGUAAAAAAAUAUGUCGAUACCAGUACUUUGAGAUUUUUACUACUAGCAUUUCCUAUAGCACUGCUAAUGCAUUAACAAAAUAAUAUUGGAAUAAUUCAACUAAUGCAUCCCAUUUCUACCACACAUAGUGAAAACACAAUCUAUGACAAUUACAGUUAAACACAAAUUUAAUUAUAUGAAAAAAUACCACUGGAUAAACAAAAACAACAGUACUGGCAUCAAAAUAGGCUUCAUUUUCUAAUUAAAUGGAUAGCCUAACUAGCAGCUUUUAAACUUGGCUCCAACAGAGCGAGCAGGCCCUUAUUUACUUUCACGACAACACACGUUAGCAUGGACUAUUUGAUGCUGUUGGGCCCACGCUGGCAAACUAGCCACAAGCUAGCCCUCGUAGUAGCAACCAGGCUACAUGCGAACUCGAGUUUAACAUUUGCUGUAAAUGCAUUUCACCGUCACGCAUCAUGAUGCGCGACGGUGGGAGGACCAAAGUUUGCAAAAAUAAACAUUUUCUAUAAUAUCUCCCUCAGCACCCACCUCUUUUCAGCAGAAUGUAUAGCUCUCGAACUCCGCGACUCCGCGUUUGUCUAGAUUCGGUCUAUAUGUAGACGUUGAAAUGACGUAUAAAUUUAUACGUCUAAAUCACGUCUAAAAAUAGACAGAAUCCCGACGUUGAAAUGAAGUAUAAAUUUAGACUAGCCGUCUAAUUUACGCCUUUUGCUCAGUGGGACACUCAAACCGAGGCGGUGGAUUUCCACAGAGUAAACAAACAUGAUAAAAAACAUUCUAUUGUUGAAAUUAAGUGAAUAUAAAAGUGUAAAAUAAGUGAUUGCGGGUGGAUUAAGAGUUUAGAGGAAUAAACUGCUUUUAGAUGGUGAGAAAAUUUCGGUUUGUUUGAAAUUAUGUAAUUAAUAACGCCCGGUGGGAGUGGUCACAGGGUUCAAAAGAGGGUCACCUGAAGCUAUCGGUCCAUUUGCCACCAAACUAAGAGGAAGCAACACCUUCGUCCACAGCACAGGUAAGGACUCAGUGGGUGAUCGUGACAUGAAGCCUCUUGAAUCAUUAUUUCCACGCAUUUGCUUAGUCUGGUGUGAAACUUCAUUUGCUCAACUGUGCCAUAGUGGACAAUAAAUGUAAAACAGGCAGAGUGAUUAUCAGAGACACCCCCUUUGGUGUGCGAAUCUCUGAAUUGAAUAAAUGAAUGAAUGAAUGUGACGCCAUGUGUUUGAGAUAUCGAUACAGAAAUUAUUAAGUUAUUGAUAUGUUGUCUGUCUUUACGACACAGUAGCAGGGUGAAAAGGGGAACAGGACAUAAAUAGUAAUGGAGACAGUUGUGAUGUGAAUGUGCUUGUGUGUAACUCGGUUUGUGACUGUGCGUUUGUUACGGGGACAGCAUCGAACACGUUAAUAUUUCAUUCAUUUUCAUUAAAAAACAACUCGUCAAGUCUUCGGACUUUUAGCGGUACUCCGUCGCGUUUCGCUGCCCGUUAGAUUUUAAAUCACCCGCCAAAACCGCACUUGGUACGACCGGUGUUCUGCCGUAGAUUGCACCCCUGCCGCAAAAUGCACCCACUGACGGAAGCGCGGUUGAAAGUACGGAACAAGGCGAAAUAAUCCAAGUUUUCCCUACCAUUGGAUGAAUUAAAAAGUGUAUGCCUUUAAUGAUUCUGUUCAGGUUGUCCGGAUAAGCCGAAAACAACAGCCCUCUGAUUGGGAAUAUUUGCUGUCCCAAAAAUAUAAUGUUCUCUACCAUAACAGCGUACUGUACAGUUUAUAAUACCCAAGUACACUUCUGUAUGUGCAUUUUUUAGACACAUAAAAACAGAGGGAAAGUUUGCUGCUCCAUUUGACAUGUUGUCAUGAUCUAAUACUCGUGUUUUGUUUUAAAUAUAAGAUCAUUUUCUCCUACUUUAAGAAGCUAAUGAGUGGAGGGGAUGCAUUCCAUGGCAUAACACCGGCUCGCGAGGCUUCAAACGUUAUCACAUACGUCAUCAACUAAAGCUUCGAUACGCGCUUCGCCGAAAUUUACUUGAAAAAUUCGACUCGUAUGGUUUUUUUUUUUUUUUCAAUCUCUACUGAGCUAGUGUUUGAACAAAAUGGUCUUAGGCAUUCUUUCAUAUUUAAAAUGCUUUUAUUUUCAUGGGAUUAUCAUACAGGCCUGACAUGUUUAAGCACUAACAAAGUUAAACACAAGACUUUUUCAGUAAAUUUCCACUCUGGCAUCAAGUUGUAGCUUGCAGAGGGUGUGUGUGUGUGUACACUAAAUGCCCAGCAGAUGGCGUUAUUCAGGCCACUGGGCCUUAAAAUCCUCCAACAGCUACACUAAACAUGACUCCAUGACACCUAUAAAAACAUUAAAGUGUUCUACUUUAAUGAAUAAGUUUGUUUUAAGGUUUACAUGAUGUUGCCAUGAAUAUAAUGUUCAGAAGACUGCAUUUGGCCUUAUUCUUGUUUUUCUGACCAUAUUAAAGACAAUAAGAUCUCAAAGCCCAAUAUGAAAAAGCGAAACUGCUUAUUCAGAUCUGUCUUAGUGUACCCUGAGUCUGCCGUGGAAAGUGCUGUUGUUGGUGUGUACUAACUGUGUUUGUUUGGUUUUUUUUUUUCAAGCAUGUUCCUCAGACCCCAGCUGACUUCAUGUCCUCUCAGUUGACUCCACUCCACUGAGGCCAAAGGUGAGACUGAGGCAGGGAUGUAACUUUAUAAGCCCAGAAAGAAAAUAAAGAUGAGGCUUGAAAAUGGUCUUUAAAUGGUCUGAUUUGGAGCAUGGCUGCCAACCAUCAUGCAAACAUGAGCUGUUUAAAAUGACUGGUAACACUUUACAAUAACCAUAACUUAUCAAUGGUAAAUUGACCAUUUAUGAGUGGUAAGAAGAUAGUUUAUUAAUAUUUAAAUAAUUUAUUAAUAGCAUAUAGGCCAUAAAUAGUACAUUUUACAAUUUUAUAAAAACCUUACACCUAACCCUAACGUUACUAAAACCAUUUAAGUAAUGUUUAUAGGUGGUUUAUAAACCAAUUAUUUAUCAGUUAUUAUGGUUUAUAAUUAGUAAUAAUUAUAAACCAAUUUACAAAGUAUUUCAAACAUCAGUUACAACUUUACAAUAAACCAUCAAGUAAUGUUUAUAGAUGGUUUAAGAACCAAAUAUUAACCAUUUACUGACACACAUUUUCAUCUAGAUGUUUUAAAACCAAUAUUUAAACCCUAUAUAAACCUUUUAAUGAAUAGUCCAUUAAUAAUUAAUGAAAAUUAUCAAUCAUUAAAGUAACAAUUAACUUGCAUUAAUAAACUAUCUAUUUGGCAUUUAUAAUUGGUCUAUAGGCUUUUUUUAAAUGAUGAUUAAACUUUAAUUAUCUAUUUACCAUUUAUAAAUUGUAGUUAUUGUAAAGUAUUUAAAAUAGGGCUGAACUCAUAAACUUGUGUGAAAGCUGAUUAUUGAAGGAGGUCAAAGAGGUCAAGCUUUUUAAUUCUGAGUCUUUUAUUCAGGACUUAAGGUUUGAUGGUUGUGUAUUUCUCUGUGUGUUAACCAGGAGCGGAAAUUACGCCGCAUCAAGUCAAACUGAGGCCGAACUCAUGACCGUCCAACGCCUGGAUCCUGUAAGGUAAGACAUUUUCUACUUCACUCCACGGACAGACCAUCAACGAGGGACACUGGAGGUCAGUUUGCUUUUGGUUUGACAACAACCGCACCAACAAAAACAAGAACCCCGCCAUCAACAAUCAAGCAGUGAAGUUGUUCUCUGCCCGAGUAGCAGGUUUUGGUCUAGUUUUGGUGAUACAAUUGUGGAGAGAAAGUGUUCUCUUCUGGGGUUGCAGAUUUUUGUCUAGUUUUGCUCUGUUUUGGUGAUGCAAUUGCGGAGAGAAACUGUUCUCAUCCAAAACCACAAAAACAAGAAUCCCCACCAUUAACGAUCAGCCAGUGCAGCAAUAUAGACCUCCAAAACAAGUCUACUAUCAGAUUUAAUUAAACAAAAUAGCAACUCAGUCCUCAAAAACGUGUAAAUCAACAAAUUUACCAAAACAAAAAUGAGAGUUCACUCGAAUUACAAUUUAACUUCCUGAGGGAAGCUUUAAAAUAGUCGGGAUGCGUCACAGGGAUUAGAUCUGAUUUCGGCAAUGCGUUUUUGGAAAGCAGCGUUUCUCUGCCCAAGUGGAUACUUCUCCUCGACGCUCCAGACUACCUCAGAUUUCCCUGAUGUGCUUUUGGUCAAAGAAGAAAAUGAAGAUAUAAGAAGACCUCCGAAAGGUGUAAAGAUCUUCGACCAGGGAUGGCUGCCCAGUGCACGGACCCAUUUGAAGGACACCAACCAGGUUGAUUAUUUCAUACUGCUUGUUUUUUCCCCCCUAAUUUGUAUUAAAACUGUUGUUUUCACUCUUAUGAGUGAUUAUGAAAAUGAAAACCCAUUAAUGUUAAUUACAGUGGCUGUUACAAAGAUAAGGAUUCAAGGCUGUUGUAAGGAUAAUUAGACUGAAAACAAACCCUGCUAAACCUAAGUGCACAGUAUUUUGCUGUGCUUUAUUUUGACACUCUUGAAUGAAUGACAAUGAAAAUGAAAACCCAGUAAUGUUAAUGAUGGAAACAGGAGCCGCAGUGGCUGUUACAAAGAUAGGGAUUCAAGGCUGUUGUAAGGAUAAUUAGACUGAAAACAAACCCUGCUAAACUCUAGUGCACAGUAUUUUGCUGUGCUUUAUUUUGACCUUGUAGACCAGUUUAGUAUUUCUAUUGAUUGUAAGUUGUGCAAAGUGCUGUGAGCUAAGUCAGCAAGUACAACCUGAAGAUAUAAGAAGAUCUCAAAAGGUGUGAAGAUCUUCAACGAGGAAUGGAUGCCCAAUGCACAGACCAGGUUGUUUUUUUUUUCAUACUACUUGUUUUUUUUUCCCCUAAUUUGUCUUAAAACUGUUGUUUUCACUCUUAAAAUGAGUGAUUAUGAAAAUGAAAACUCAGUAAUGUUAAUUACAGUGGCUGUUACAAAGAUAAGGAUUCAAGGCUGUUGUAAGGAUAAUUAGACUGAAAACAAACCCUGCUAAACUCAAGUGCACAGUAUUUUGCUGUGCUUUAUUUUGACACUCUUGAAAUGAAAUACAACAAAAAUGAAAACCCAGUAAUGUUAAUGAUGGAAACAGGAGCCGCAGUGGCUGUUACAAAGAUAGGGAUUCAAGGCUGUUGUAAGGAUAAUUAGACUGAAAACAAACCCUGCUAAACUCUAGUGCACAGUAUUUUGCUGUGCUUUAUUUUGACCUUUUAGACCAGUUUAGCAUUUCUAUUAAGUGUAAGUUGUGCAAAGUGCUGUGAGCUAACCCAGCAAGUACAACCUGAAGAUAUAAGAAGAAUGAUGUGGCCAUCGGGAUCAGCGUGGUGACACCAGAAAGACUUGGAAGAAGCAGGGUGAAGAUGUCUGCGCUACACCUGGACCAGUACCCAGGUAGAAAAAAACCUCUGAACAGGGUCUGUUUUUUUUUCUUCUUUUUACAUUUGACUUAAAUAUGAUCACACUCCAAAAAAACCCUAAUGAUAAAAUUUUUGUUUUAUUCUGGAGUGACAUGAAAACGAAAAACCAGUAAUGUUAACUUUGAUGCAGUGGCAGUAACAGCUGUCAAAACUGUAAGGAUAAUUAUGCUGAAAAUGAACCCAGCUAAACUUGUCAAGUGCACAGUAUUCGACUGUGCUUUAUUGAUAUGUCCAGCUAAACUUCAAUUGUUGAAUAGUAUUAGGAUCAUGCUAAUGUUAAAAUGCAAAAACCUCAAAAGUUAAGAUGAGAAGAUCCAGAGGAACUACAAGAAGGACAACGAGAACUUCAAGAACAGCAUGACAACGUUGACAUGGCUUUUGCUGUAAGGUUGGUCAUCUUUCUGAGGGUAGGUGAACAUCUCCUUGUUUGUGGAUGUGAUCAUCUUGAUUUAAAACUCAAAAAAAAAAAAAAAGGUUUGAGGGGUGUUUUCCAAAACUUGAUCUCAAAUCCAGAAACAAGGUUCAAAGGUUGCUUUUCAUGACUUGAUCCAAACCCAGAAAUAGGUUCUCAAUGUGCUUUCAAAGACUUGGUUUCAAGCUCUACAAAGAUUUGUAAAAGUUGCUUCCAAAGACUUGAUCUUAAAACCAAAAAACAAGGUUUAAAAAGGUGCUUUUCAAAAACUGGUUCUUGAACAAGCAAAGACGGUAUGUUAAAAGGUCUGGUCUCAAAAAGGUAUGUCAAAAGCACCUUUUCUAAUUUGACAAAAGCACCUAAUCUAACAAGAGCACCUUCAAGCCUAAAAAUAAAUUGCCUCUACUCAAUCAAAAAUGGCAUAAACCAAACAAUCAAAGCUUUUUCUCAGCAGCACUAUCACCGAGAACAAGAAGACCAAUCAGAAGAACUAAAGGAUUAGAAGAAGACCUGAUGUGGACCUCGUGUGUCAACGCCCAAACCUCUGAACAGGACUGGGUCUGUUUUUUUUCCUUCUACAUUUGACUUAAAUAUGAUGAUCACACUCCAAAAAAACCCUAAUGAUAAAAUGUUUGUUUUACUCUGGAGUGACAUGAAAACGAAAAACCAGUAAUGUUAACUUUGAUGCAGUGGCAGUAACAGCUGUCAAAACUGUAAGGAUAAUUAUGCUGAAAAUGAACCCAGCUAAACUUGUCAAGUGCACAGUAUUCGACUGUGCUUUAUUGAUAUGUCCAGUUAAACUCCUAUUCUUUCAUAGUAUCAGGAUCAUGCUAAUGUUAAAACUGCAAAAACCUCACAAAUUAAGACCAACUGAUCCAGAGGAACUACAAGAAGGACAACGAGAACUUCAAGAACACCGUGACAAUGUUGACAUGGAUUCUGCUGUAAGGUUGGUCAUCUUUCUGAGGGUAGGUGAUCAUCUUAUUUUUAGAUGUGAUCAUCUUGAUUUCAAACUCGGAGGUUUGAGGGGUGUUUUCCAAAACUUGAUCUCAAAUCCAGAAACAUGGUUCAAAAGGUGCUUUCAUGACUUGAUCCAAACCCAGAAAUAGGUUCUUAAGGUGCUUUUAAAAGACUUGAUUUCAAACUAAAAAACAAGGUUCCGAAGGUGCUUUCAAAGACUUGUUCUCAACCCAGAAACAUGGUUCAGAAGGUGCUUUCAAAAGACUUGUUCUCAGACAAAAGGGUUUUAAAAAGGUGCUUUCAAAAGACUUGUUCUUAAACUCAGAAACAUGGUUCAGAAGGUGCUUUCCAAGGUAUGAUUUCAAAACAAAAAAAAUUCUAAAAAAGGUGCUUUUCAAAAACUUGAUCUCAAACCAAAAAAGGCUUGAAAAGGUGCUUUCAAAAUCUUUCUCAAACCAAAAAAGGCUUAAAAGGUGCUUUCAAAAUCUUUCUCAAACCAAAUACAAGGCUUAAAAGGUGCUUUAAAAAAAAUAAAAAAUAAGGUUCUAAUAAGGUGCUUUCAAAGAAUUGUUCUCAAACAAAAACGUGGUUCAAAAGGUGCUUUCAAAGAAUUGUUCUCAAAGGGUUUAAAAGGUGCUUUCAAAAGACUUGUUCUCAAUCCCAGAAACAUGGUUCAGAAGGUGCUUUUCAAGGUAUGAUUUCAAACAAAAAAGGUUCUUAAAAAAGGUGCUUUUCAAAAACUUGAUCUCAAACCAAAAAAAGGUUUGAAAGUUGCUUUCAAAAACUUGAUCUCAAACCAAAAAAGGUUUGAAAGGUGCUUUCAAAAACUUGAUCUCAAACCAAAUUCAAGGUUCUUUAAAAGGUGCUUUUAAAAGACUUGAUCUCAAACCCAGAAACAAGGUUCUAAAAAGGUGCUUUCAAAGACUUGUACUCAAACAAAAAAGGGCUCAAAAGUUGCUUUUCAAGGAUUGAUCGCAAACAAACAAAGGUUUGAAAGGUGCUUUCAAAGAGUGUAUUUUAAACCAAAAAAUUUUUUAAGGUGUUUUCAAAGCCUUAGUCUCGAACCAAAAAAGCUUCAAAACGGUGCUUUCAAAUACUUUACCUCAAACCCCCAAAAAGUUUUAAAAGGUGCUUCCAAGGCCUUGAUCUUAAACCCAAAAUACAAGGUUUAAAAGGUGCUUAAAAAAACUGGUUCUUAAACAAGCAAAAACGGUAUGUUAAAAGUCUGCUCUCAAAAGGUCUGUCAAAGCAACUUCAGCAAAAUCACUAGCAACCAAAACUAAGUUUCAAAACCACCAACAUCGCAACAACCGUCAAAGUGCUUCCAAAGUAUCCAACGGAAACAACGACAAGACAGCAACGUUUGCACAUUGUUUCUAUCAGAUGUAACUGUCAACACUAAACAGAACGAGGACAAUAAACAAACUGUGUAGAUCCUCCAACUGUUUUUGUUAAAACUGUAGUUUUUCUUAUUUUUAUUUAUUGUUUGUAUUUUUGUGAACCUUUUGAAUCUCUGAAAUGGAAUCCUUGAACUGUGCUUGUAAUGAUCUGCAUGUGUUGUACUUUUUUUUUUUGGUAACUUAUUCGCUGUGUGUUUGGCCAUGUUUCUUUGGGUGGAUUUGUAUGUCUCUGCUUUCCUCCGAACAUAAGCAGGUCUGACGAGGUGACCACUCUUUUCCUGGAGGAACUGUUGCUGCAGAAACUCAAAGUGCCGCCUUCCUGUUCCGUCUGGGAAAUCCAAGGGUGGUCAUCUUGUCGAAGGUAAGAUGAACUUUUCAUUGUGGUAGCGUUAUGUUUUCACCAAAGUAACCACAAGAAAGCAUGUAAGAAACCAGGUCCUGCAUUCUGAUAACUUCAUCCAUAUUCAGUUUAAAACAGAUUUUCUAAUGCUGCACCUCACCUUCACUGUUUUGAAGUCGAGUAUUUUCUGCAUUUGUAUGUGUGUCUCUCUCCUUUUCCCCAACCAUCACAGAAGUGAGCAUCUUCAGUGUUGAACCUGGCAACCACCAAUGUCUUCAGGAAGGAUCUAGAUCACCUCUAAGAGACGAAGUCAGGCAUCCUUGUGCUGCAGGUAAUAUGUGACGGGGAACACCACUUAACACACUGUCCUAUUGUCACCCAAAUGUCUGAAUGCGUCAACUCCAGAAACAACUUCUCUGGUUAUUAAAUCAUAUUCACAAAGGCAAUGCGACGUGGGUGUGCCUCAGCUGUUCUACCAAAGUUAAGGCCCACCUAAGCUCGAUCUAUGCCUGUUUUUAUGUUGAUAACAUGUAAGGCUGGGUCAGUGUUUCCAAUGUCGUGACUAUAACCUCUCUUCGAAAACCAGUAGGUGAUGCAACAGCUGUGUAUUUUGUGAGUACUUUGUUGUUUGCAGGUAACUCAAGGAUGUGGAUGCAGGAGAAUAUUAGCUCUUAAGUGACGCUGCAGCCUUUUCUGAUGUUUAACUGUACAGAUUUGUGUGUUUCUGUCUGUAACAAUCAUACUCAUUUUCUGUGCCUGUAAAGACAUAGUUUUAUAUGUUAUUUUUCAGAAACAAGUCCUGAUGCCCUCUAG